UGCGAUACAAUUUCUUCCUGGAGUGGAGUGGAGUAUAAUCAACAAGCGGAGCGAAGUUCCCCUGUCGGCCACCGGAUCGAAGCCCGCGAGUGUCGCGAUGACUUUCAAGCUGCGCCAUCGAUAAGUUAAACUGGAUUGCCGCAGCAACAGCAGCAGCGUAGCAGCAGCCGCGAGUUCGCGGUUCCAGUUCGCGUUCGCGAGAUCAGCAGAAGAGCACCGCAGCGCGGGCAUGACGCAUCAGCAGCGGCGCGGUGCGCCUGUCGAGUGCCCGCUGGCGUCGUUGGGUCGCAACACGCCCUCGAUGGACACCCGACAGUACCACCAUCCGCUCAGUUCGAGCCCGCUGGAUCCGCAGGCGUACCAGAUGUCCCGCAGCUCCCCGAUCCUGGCGCUCGAUUCGGACCUCUACUCACCGGCGGACAGUGGCGGGUGCGUGGUGAAGGUGGAGCAGACUUCACUCAUCGGCACGCCGGACACCGGUGGUUCCGUUCCGGUGGAUGGCAGCGUUGGCGGUGGUGGCGGAGGCGGUGGCGGCAGAAACGGGGCCGGUCCGGGCGGAGGAGGAUCAUCGCUCCUGUCACGCAGUUCGUCCUCGUCGCUCGAUCAGAACGGAUCGUACAUCGUACACCACCAGCCCCCACUCGCCAUGCCGCUGAACGGUCAUCACGGCCACGGCCGGAGAGACUAUCGGCAUGUACGGCCCCGAACGUACACCCCGAUCGAUGCGCUCCUGAGCAACACCUACCAGCAGCACCAUCAACGCCUGUCACCGGUGCUGCGCGUCCCGCAAGGCUUCCACCACCCGGACGAACCGCUGCAUCCGGGGCUCGGGGGGCUCUCCGAGGCCGAUCGCUACUUUCUGGAGGAGAAGAUGGACGCGCUCUACAUUCAAGGUGCCAUCCGACGCAACGCCAACGCCACACCGUCCAGCCUGACGCGCAACCAGUCGAGCAGCAGCAACAACACGGAGCGAUACUACCUCGAGAACGAAAACAUCGACGCAAUCUACAACUUCUGCCGGCGCAACGUCACCAACGGCGGCGGUGGUGGUGGCGGCGGCUCGGGCGUGGCCACUCACAACGGGCACCACAAUUCCUCCUCGAAAGCAUCGUCGGCCCGCGAGUCGCAGGUGGAGUGCCUGGACUCGAGCUCUCCGCAUCUGCUGCGCCGUGCCUCGAGCCCGGAAACGAGUGGCUCCGAUCGGUACCUGCUCGAUCGGAUACGAGGAUCGCCCGCGUUCCACAGCCCCCACAGGGGGACACACGUGAAGCCGGCGACCGACUUCGUUGAUGGAAGAAUUCCGCUCACCAAAUCGCAACACUUCAGCGACGGUCUGUCACGGUACGGGCGGUUUUCACCGAACCUCGACCAAGGCUAUCACACGCUCGUGUCCCCGUCACCCUCCGGGCAGCAGCAGUCCAUGAUACCGGCCUCGUGGACCAACCAUCGGUCCGGUGACGGGACCACCUCAACCUCGUCCAGCCACGGCGGUAGCCCCGGCUGUCACGGGCCGCCCAUAUCGGCCGGAAGCAGUUCCACGGGGUCCGGCUCGAACGGAGGGCCACUCGGGGGAACGACGCUCCUCGCCAGCCUCGGCAGUGUCCGCGGAUCCGCACUGUACCGGGCGGGCCCGUUUUUCGAUCGCGUACCGGACGAGCUGAUGGUGCGAAUAUUCGAGUGGUUGGACAGCAGCGAACUGUGCAAUAUAGCGCGCGUCUGCAGGCGCUUCGAGUCGGUCAUCUGGAACCCGACGCUGUGGAAAAUCAUCAAGAUCAAAGGCGAAGAAAACAGUGGCGAUCGUGCGAUCAAAACCAUCCUCCGACGACUGUGUGGCCAAACGCGCAACGGCGCCUGUCCCGGUGUCGAGCGGGUCCUGCUGGCCGACGGCUGCCGGCUGACGGACAAGGGGCUGCAGCUACUGUCCCGGCGGUGUCCAGAGAUUACGCACCUGCAGAUACAGAACAGCGUUACCAUCACCAACCAGGCACUAUCGGAUCUGGUGACCAAGUGUACAAAUCUACAGCAUCUAGACAUAACGGGUUGUGCCCAAAUUACGUGCAUCAACAUUAACCCGGGGCUGGAGCCACCGCGACGGUUGCUGUUGCAAUAUCUAGACCUUACCGAUUGUGCCUCGAUUUGUGACGCGGGCAUCAAAGUCAUCGCCCGGAACUGUCCGCUGCUGGUGUACCUAUACCUACGACGGUGUAUACAGGUGACAGAUGCUGGUCUGAAGUUUAUUCCCAACUUUUGCAUCGCCCUACGCGAACUGAGCGUGUCGGACUGCACGAGCGUCACGGACUUUGGGCUGUAUGAGCUGGCGAAACUUGGUGCUACCCUGCGCUACCUGUCGGUGGCCAAGUGUGAUCAGGUGUCCGACGCGGGCCUGAAGGUGAUCGCCCGACGGUGCUACAAGCUCCGCUAUCUGAACGCACGCGGCUGUGAAGCGGUCAGCGACGAUUCGAUCAACGUGCUGGCCCGGUCCUGUCCUCGGCUGCGGGCGCUCGAUAUCGGCAAGUGCGAUGUCAGCGAUGCGGGACUGCGCGCCCUGGCCGAAAGUUGCCCCAAUCUGAAGAAGCUAAGCCUCCGGAACUGUGAUAUGAUCACCGAUCGGGGGAUACAGUGCAUCGCCUACUACUGCCGGGGGCUGCAGCAGCUUAACAUCCAGGACUGCCAGAUUUCGGUCGAGGGUUACCGGGCGGUCAAGAAGUACUGCAAACGGUGCAUCAUCGAGCACACGAACCCUGGCUUUUGCUAA